AUGAGUACCACUGCCCUACUUGGAACUUUCGCUGUUGCGGUCGCUGGUGUGAUCGGAUUCAGCUCGGCUGUUCUAAAGACCGUAAAGCCGAACAUAUCACGAACAGACAAGAUUCUGGUUGGAUGGUUUGUCUUUAGUGGGUGUAUACACUUCAUCCUGGAAGGGUACUUUGUAUACAACCACAAAACCAUGCCACGUAGACUUGAUCUUCUUGGUCAGAUGUGGAAGGAGUAUGCGAAGGCUGAUUCUCGGUACAUGACCAUGGAGCCCUUUGUACUCUGCAUGGAGACGGUUACAGCUUUUGCGUGGGGCCCCCUAUGCUAUACCAUCGCAUUCAUGAUAGUUUCGGAGUCUCCUCACCGCCAUCCAACACAGAUGAUUGUCUCUAUGGGUCAGUUCUAUGGUGAUAUUUUGUAUUAUGCAACAAGCAUAAUGGAGGAAAUCUACCAUGGGAGGUCUUAUGCCCGCCCGGAGACUUUCUAUUAUUGGGGGUACUUUAUCUUCCUCAAUGCCUUCUGGAUUAUUAUUCCACUCUUCUGCAUUUACCAAAGUUACUCAAUGAUAGUGGGAGGCUUCCGACAAGCCUCUAGUAGCUUUGCAAAAAAGAACAUGUGA